GCCAGUCAAGCAUCCUUCCGUACCUACGCCAAGCGUGUUUUAGCAAAUGCUCAGGCUUUAAGCGAUGGCCUAACUCGCCGUGGCUUCCGCCUUGUCUCCGGAGGGACAGACGUGCAUUUUGUACUACUUGACUUGGUCGGAUCUUUAGACCGGGUGCGGCCAUCCUCACGCAUUUUGCCACCUUCUCAUGUCUGGACGGGUCUGGCACGUGGAGACGGUGCACGCGCUCAAUUAGUCGCCGACCUGUCCGGAGUCACGCUAAACAAGAAUACUGUACCCGGUGACCAGAGCGCUCUCAAUCCGUCUGGCCUACGCCUGGGUAAUGUCCUUGUCGUGCCAAAAAACAGGCACACUUUUUAA